AUGUUAAAAAAUUUAACAAAUAAAAGUAACAUCUAUUGUAAUAGUAGUAUUAUAUCUUUUUUAAAUAAUAGUAUUUUAGUCAGAUCAUAUGCAAAAAAAAACCAACCUAUAAUAGAAAGAGAGAAAAAUGAAGUACAACUUGGCGAAAAUAUAAAAACUGUUAAAUUUGUUACAAGAAAAAAAAUUGAAGAAACUUCAGUUAAUACUAAUAAUAAUAACAACAAUAACAAUAAUAAUAAUAGUAAAAAGAAUAAUUAUAAUAAUAAAAAUAAAAAUAAUAAUAAAAAUAAAAAUAAUAAUAAAAAUAAUAAUAAUCAUAUGAACAAUAAAAAUAAUAAUGAUUUCAAAAAUAAAAAACUGUUCAACCACUUUAAAGAUAAAUAUAAUAAUAAAGAUAACGAACAAGGUUCAAAUUAUAGUUUAGAUAACUUUGAUAAUAAUAUUAAUAUAAAAGAUAAAAAUAAUAAAAAAUCAAUUGGUUUCAAAAAUAAUGGUAAUAAAAAAAGAGUUUCUAGUUCAGAUAAAAUUGAGCAAUGGGCAAAAGAAGUGGAUAAUGAUGACUAUGACCAAGAUGAGGAUUUUUAUGAAGAGGACUACGAAGAAGACUAUGAAGAAGACUACGAAGAAGACAUUGAGGAAGACUAUGAAGACUACGAAGAAGACAUUGAUGAAGAUAAGAAAAUCAAAACUCUAAAAGAAAUUAAUGAAAUUAAAAGAACUGAAACUACAGUAUCACAUUUAAGUCCAAUUUUAGAAGUAUUUAAAAAAAGAAAAGAAGAUAUUGUUAAAUUAGUUGUUGACCAUGAGUUUUAUAAUUCGAAUAAAAAAGAGAUUCAUCCAAUGAUUAAAUAUUUUACAAAGAAUAAAAAAGUGUAUAAAAUUAUAACUGGUCCAAAUUCACAUGAAGAGUUAACUAAAAUGUCGGGCACAAUUCAUCAUGGUGGUAUUAUGGCAAUCGUUAAAAAGAAGUAUCCAGUUCCAAUCGAUGUUUUAAUGGAAAAUGAAAUUGAAAGAUAUAGAUUAUAUGAAACUACACCCAUUGCAACACACUCAUUCAGUCAACAUAUUAAAGGUCAAGAAUUGGCAAAGAAAAAACAAAUCGAAUCUUUAGGAUCUGCAGCUCGUCCAAUUAUUGUGUUUUUAGAUGGCGUCGAAAAUCCAAUGAAUUUAGGUGCUAUAGCUCGUACAUGUGCUUUGUUUGGUGUUAAAAGCAUAAUCAUCAAUGCUAGUUCAACUGAAAAUACAAAGUCACCAAUAAACCCAUUCUCUGGUGAGGCUUAUAGAAGUAGUCGUGGUGCACUCGAGCAUGUAAAUAUCUCAAUUAUCAAUACCUAUACAGAAACAAUGGAGUGUUUAAAUGAAUUCACUUCAAAUGGUUGGGAACUCGUUGUAACAUCAAGUAAUCUCGAAUUAAAGAAUAAUGUUACUCUCUACUCUAAAGGUUCAAAUAAAUUAUUAGGUCUUAAACCAAUGAUUCUUGUUUUUGGUUCAGAAUCAAAAGGUAUUGGAAAGAAAAUUAUGAAAGCAUCAACUCGUUGUCUCACUAUUCCAGGUACAGGUUUAAUCGAAUCAUUAAAUGUAGCACAAUCCGCAUCAGUUAUUUUAGCUGAAUGUUGGCGUAUUCAAGGCAAAAAUUUAGAAUCACCAGAUGAAAAACGUAUAGAAUCUAUCAAAACUGGUAAUGGACCUUUGGAAAUCACUCCUCAAUUAUUAGGUAUAAAAGAAUCUGAUAUUUAUAACGACGAUGAAUACGAAGUUACAGAGGACGAUAAUUAA